GAAAAUAGUGUUAAAAACAAAAAAUUCAGGUUUAUGUACCGGUGACAGCGACCGCGACAGGUCCUCUCCCCCGGACCGCACCCGCUGUAGCCGCCAUGUCGUCCGCCGCCGCCACAGCCUUUGCCGGAGUCUCCGUCGCCACCCCGAACCUCACCACUCCAUUUCGCGGUCGCGUGCGCCUUCCGCUACGCGGGGUCUCCGCUGCCCCACGCCGCGCCGUCGCUUCGAUGGCCGUGUCCGCCCCCAGGUCCGGCGCCGCCGCCUCGUUCCUGGAGCGCCGCGAGUCCGAGCGCGCUCUCCACUUCGUCAAGUACCAGGGCCUCGGCAAUGACUUCAUUAUGGUGGACAACAGGGAUUCGUCGGUGCCGAAGGUGACGCCGGAGGAGGCCGCGAAGCUGUGCGACCGAAACUUCGGCAUUGGUGCCGACGGCGUCAUCUUCGUCAUGCCAGGGGUCAAUGAUGCCGACUACACCAUGAGGAUCUUCAACUCUGACGGCAGCGAGCCAGAGAUGUGUGGUAAUGGAGUCCGUUGCUUUGCUCGGUUUAUAGGCGAACUUGAAAAUCUGCAGGGGACACAUAGCUUCACUAUUCAUACUGGUGCUGGGAAGAUCAUUCCUGAAAUACAAAGUGAUGGGCAGGUAAAGGUUGAUAUGGGAGAGCCCAUCCUUUCUGGAGCAGACAUCCCCACAAAACUGGUAGCUACCAAGAACAAAGCUGUUAUCCAAGCUGAGUUGGCAGUUGAGGGCUUAACAUGGCAUGUCACAUGUGUUAGCAUGGGCAACCCCCACUGUGUCACAUUUGGGGCAAACGAGUUAAAGAUCGACGAUUUAAAACUCAGCGAAAUUGGGCCUAAAUUUGAGCAUCAUGAAAUGUUUCCUGCUCGCACAAACACAGAGUUUGUACAGGUUUUGUCUCGCUCACACCUCAAAAUGCGAGUCUGGGAACGUGGUGCUGGAGCAACUCUUGCCUGUGGUACUGGUGCUUGUGCGGUGGUUGUUGCAGCUGUUCUUGAGGGUCGAGCUGAGCGGAAAUGUGUAGUUGAUUUGCCUGGCGGGCCAUUGGAAAUUGAGUGGAGGGAGGAUGACAAUCAUGUUUACAUGACUGGUCCUGCAGAGGCCGUCUUUUAUGGAUCUGUUGUUCACUAGGUACUGGGGAGUGGGGACCAAGAUAGAAGGGUUGGCUGCCACUCAAAGCUUGUGAGAUUGGUUACAAUAUCCAUGAAACUGAAUGUUCUGGUGCCAGUACACUCGUUUAGAUAUUUUAAAUUAUGGUUGCUUGAUUUGGGUAGCAGUAGAGGCUUCCUUUUGAAGCAUUCUAGUGUUGUCCACCUUUUGUACUCCUUUAGUCUGUCAGGUUUGAACUACAUUGUUAGCAUGUCUUUCCAACCAUUUUCUGUUUCUUUUCUUUGCAAGUUAACGUCAAUGCAGCUUCAGUAUUGUUUUCUACAGAUUUAUCUUGAUGCACUGCAGAAUGAAUGGGCUUACUAGUUUGCUGGUAUGAAUGUUGCCUAUUUCCUG